CUCAUUUAUAUUGUCUUUCUCCGCCAUCACAAACCCUUUCUCCUCUGCCAGCAGCUCCAUAGAGCAGUCUCAAAAAAACCCUAACAAAGUAGAGAGAGCUUGAGAACGCGAAAAUGGUCCAGCGGCUCACUUAUCGCAAGCGUCACAGCUAUGCCACCAAGUCCAACCAGCACCGGAUUGUCAAAACUCCUGGUGGAAAGUUGGUGUAUCAGACCACUAAGAAGAGGGCCAGUGGUCCUAAGUGUCCUGUCACCGGCAAGAGGAUUCAAGGGAUUCCCCACUUGAGACCGGCUGAGUACAAGCGGUCCAGGUUGCCAAGGAAUCGGAGGACUGUGAACCGUGCCUAUGGAGGUGUUCUGUCUGGUGGUGCUGUGAGAGAAAGGAUUAUCCGAGCUUUCCUUGUGGAGGAGCAGAAGAUCGUGAAGAAGGUGUUGAAGAUUCAAAAGACAAAGGAAAAGCAGGCAUCCAAGUAAAUUGAAGCAGGAUCGAUUUGUUGAAAACGGCCAGCAUUAGGAGGAAAUCACUUUGGUGAUAUGUUUAGAGUGUUGCAGUUUGAAUUUUGUAUCUCGAACGAAUUAUGAAUUCCUAGUACUGCGUUCUGUGCCUUGAAACAAGUUUUGUGCCCAGUGUUUGCACUUUUUCUCUUGAACUCUUUGGCGCUU